AUGCCUCCAAAAGGGAAGAAAAAAGACUCUUCUGCAAACAACAACAACAACAACAAAAAAGAUGCCACAAACACAUCCCCACCAAACUGGCCUCCCUUCAAGCCACUAAUCCCCACCACGGACCUAACCCUGCACGAGCUCCUCCCCAACCAAAUCAUCACCAUCCCAAACUUCUGGCCCUCAUCGCUCUGCAAAACCUACGUCUCGUUCCUCGCCUCGCUACCCCUGACCACGACGCCCGUCAAGCCCAAAAAAGGCGACGCCGUCAGAGUCAACGACCGCUUCCAGAUCGACGACGCGGUCUUCGCGCGGCGGCUAUGGGAGGAAACGGCGCUGAAAGCGCUCCAUGACGGCCUCCGCCUGACCAGGCAGCAGCGGCGCGAGCUCUGGGGCGGCGACGUCGUAGGGCUGAACCCGAACAUCCGCAUCUACCGGUACAGCAAAGGGCAGUACUUUGACCAGCACUACGACGACAGCAACAACGUCCUCCUCCCCAGCACCAGCAGCCCCGCCCCCAUCCCCGCCCGCACCACCUGGACCCUGCUGCUCUACCUCACCGCGCCGGCAACCGGCUGCCUAGGCGGCGAAACCGUCUUCUACCCGGACCCGCCGGCGCGGAAACCGGGCCAGCAGCAGCAGCAGCAGCAACAGCCUCUGCCGCUGGCGGUGGGCUUGGAGGUGGGCUUGGCCCUGCUGCAUCGCCAUGGGAGGGAGUGCAUGCUGCAUGAGGGCGCCGAGGUUACGCAGGGCGAGAAGUGGGUUAUUCGCAGUGAUUUGUGCGUUAGGCGGUAG